AUGGUAAUAUCAUGGUUGACAAGUUCUAUCUCACCAACCAUUGCUGAGAGUGUCCAGUACUCAGAGACUGCUGAGAGUAUAUGGAAACAAUUAGAGCGUCGAUAUGGAACUGUAAAUGGAACUAAAAUCUUUGAAAUAAAAAAGGAAUUGGCUUCUAUACAGCAGGGUUCUCUUGACAUUGCUUCCUAUUUUAACAAACUUAAAAAGUCUUGGGAUGAACUGGGGGCAAUGCGUAAGAGUCAUGGGAAGGAAUGCACUUGUGCUGCUAAAUCUGGGAUUGAAAAAGAUGAUGAAGAGGAUAAACUUUACCAAUUUCUCAUGGGUUUGAAUGACGUAUACGUGGGUGUUAGAAGUGAUAUGCUUAUGAUGCAUCCUCUCUCUUCUCUUGAUGAUGCUUAUAAUAUUCUUCUCCAAGAUGAGAACCAAAGACAAGUGCACUUCACUCCUAUGCUGAAUCCUGACUCUGCUUCCUUUAAUGCAAAUCUCAAUACUAAACCAAACUUCAACACUAGAUCACCACAACCUCCCUAUCAACCACCUAUUCCACCUAGGCAAUAUAAUCAGAAGGUCGACUUCAACCUCACUUGUCGGUAUUGCAAAACACCUGGUCAUACAAUUGAUAGGUGCUAUAAACUCCAUGGUUAUCCACAAAACCAUAAGUUUUUUAAAGGGAGAAAGGUGGCUGCAAAUGUGAGUGGUGAUGUUGAGUCUCCAGAUCCUCUUCAGAGAUGGGGUUGGUUGCCUCAUGCUGAUACUGCUCCUAAAGCUACAACCAGUUCUGCUGGUGCUUCAGGAGAGAUGGCCUCUUCCAUACCUGGCCUGUCUAUGAAUUAG